AUGUUUCAACCGCAGCCGACGCCGUUCGCUGCUUCGUACUUCAACUCGUAUGGUGGAGUCGCGGAUUUCUCCUUCCCUCUGACGCUGCAGAGCCUACAGGGGGCCAGUGCUGGUUCCGUGUCUCCAGACUCAGUGUCUGGACACUCCCACGCGGGCUCUGCUACCGGCAACGCCAGUGUCAACGCCAACACCAACGCCGGCCGCAGCCACUCGCAACAACCUCCUCUUUCCCACCCUCUCUCCGCUCACCACCACACACAUCCUCAAGGCCACCCUCAUCCUCAUCCUCACGGGCACGCCCGCGCCUCCCACAACCCUCACGCCCAUAGCCAUCUCUCCCAUUCUACUCCCCAAUCAUUACUCUAUUCCAACUCUCCUCACGCUUCCACUUCGGCCUCGGUUUCUCCUGUCGCGUCUUCGCAUGGUCACCUUAGCCCCGCAUCUCAUUCCGUCCCCUCGCCUUUCGGUUCAACCACUUCCAAAAUGGACCAGAACCAAAUCCUCCAGGACGAGCUUGCCGCGCAAGAGGCUGCAGCUCGAGAAUACCAUCCUCGGUUAGAAGGACCACUUGUUGGUGAGAAGACUUUAAGCACAGCAAUCUCCAAUGAAUAUGCGAAAGCAGAUCCUGUUUACGUGGAGAAGACUUCGGCGCUCCCAAACAUGUAUUCGCAUUAUCGUCCCAUCCAAGGUGAUGGCAAUUGUGGGUGGCGAGCGAUUGGAUUCGGCUAUUUCGAAACCCUAAUACAGAACGGCGAUCGGAAUGAUGUCGAGGCUGAAGUCGCCAGGAUAACAAGUCUCAACCAAGUGCUAAUAUCCGUCGGCUAUGACAGGUUUCUGUUCGAGGACAUGGUCGAGGAGACGAUACGUCUUCUCAAGGAUAUUGCGGCUCACAUGGUGGAUCCGAACGCGGCCAUGGCUAUCCUGACGGAUCGGUUCAACGACAGGGAUUGCUCCAACGCCAUCAUCUACCACCUCAGACUCCUUGCCUGCUCCUGUCUGAAAACGUAUCCCGCCCCUUACGAGCCGUUUAUCCCUGAGGGCCUUGGCGUAACCGGCUAUUGUUCCGAAGUCAUUGAGAGGGUGGAUCGUGAGAUUGAGCAUUUGGGCAUUACCCUCCUCGUCAACGUUCUCCUGAAGCCCAUCAACUUCGUUCUCGAAAUUGCCUACCUUGACCGGAGCCCGGGAAGCCAGGUCAACAUCUACCGAUUCCCCGAUGGUGUGGAGAGUCAGGAUCCCUCGCUUGGCUCUGUGAUUUACCUCCUCUAUCGCCCGGACCAUUACGAUCUCCUCUACAGGACCCCGAUCAACAUUCAAAUCAACCGAGCCAUGUCCUUUACUCAUCAAGGAAUCGAUGCGCACCAACGCCUCGACACUUUCUCGUCCGUCGACUUUGAAUCGCUGGCUGUACUCCCUGGUUUCUCGUAUGCCGCAACCUCGAUGGCGCCGCUCGAUUCUCAGUCGUUAGCACCGACCAUGGCCGGCAGUUUCGUGCCGGUCCCACCGCAGCCCCAAUGGAUGCCGCCGCCCGCUGCGUUCACUGCCACCGUGCCCUCACAUACGGUUCCUCCCCGGCAGGCACCAGUACCCCCCAGCGCGCCACCCGUCGAGCCUGCGCCACUUCCCUCGCGACCCUCCCACGUAUCCGGCUCGCUUGCGCCUCCUCACACGUCGGUUCCGAGCCCUCAAACGACGUAUCAUUUACGAUUCAGCCAGGAGUACUACAAGCUUGAAAACUCGACGUUUCCCGAGCCGAAUUUCACCACGGCCAUGUUCAAAAACAGCCAUUAUAACAAAGCACAUUACAAUAACCCCGACUUCCACCCCGAAGAAUGGACUCCAGACGACGACUGUUUAGAGAGAAGUGGUGGAAGUGGAGGGAGAGCUAAGAAGUCGCGGCAUAGGCAUGAUUGA